UCCCCUGAGGCGGGCGGGCGGCCGGGCCGGGCGGAGGCCGCGGCCGAGCCGGGGGCUCGCGUAGAUGUGCAGCCCGGGGGAGGCCCCCCCUGGGCCGGCCCCGGCCGGGGACCUGCCCCCGGAGUGGGAGACGGAUGACGAGCGCAUGGCCUUCCUGUUCUCGGCCUUCAAGCAGAGCCGCGAGGUGAACAGCACCGAGUGGGACAGCAAGAUGGCCUUCUGGGUCGGGCUGGUGCUGGCCCGCGGCCGGCAGAGAGGCGCGGUGAGGACGUGCCUGAGGGAGCUGCAGAACGGCUUCGAGCGGCGAGGCAGCGUCCCCUUGGGGCUGGGCACCGUCCUUAGGGAGCUGCUCAGACGUGGGAAGCUCCAGAGGGAGUCAGACUUCAUGGCCAGUGUAGACAGCAGCUGGAUCUCGUGGGGUGUGGGAGUUUUCAUCCUGAAGCCCCUCAAGUGGACCCUCUCCAGCGUGCUGGGGGACAGCAAAAUUCCCGAGGAAGAGGAGGUUCUGAUUUACGUGGAGCUGCUUCAGGAGAAGGCAGAGGAAGUUUAUCGCCUCUACCAGAACUCUGCCCUCUCUUCCCACCCCGUGGUCGCCCUCUCCGAGCUCCGUUCCCUCUGUGCCGGGCUCUGCCCGGAUGAAAGGACCUUCUACUUGUUGCUGCUGCAGCUGCAGAAGGAGAAGAGGGUCACCAUCCUGGAACAGAACGGAGAGAAGAUAGUGAAGUUUGCCCGAGGCCUCCACGCCAAGGUGUCCCCGAUGAACGACGUGGACAUCGGAGUUUAUCAGCUGAUGCAGAGUGAGCAGCUGCUGUCACAGAAGGUGGAGUCCCUUUCCCAGGAAGCAGAGAAGUGUAAAGAGGAUGCCAGGAGUGCUUGUAGAGCUGGGAAGAAGCAGCUGGCCCUGAGGUGCCUCAAGUCGAAGCGGAGGACGGAGCGGCGCAUCGAGGAGCUGCAUUCCAAGCUGGAUGCAGUGCAGGGAAUCCUGGAUCGCAUCUACGCCUCCCAGACUGACCAGAUGGUGUUUAAUGCCUACCAGGCUGGAGUGGGAGCUCUGAAGCUGUCCAUGAAGGAUGUGACUGUGGAGAGGGCAGAGAACCUGGUGGAUCAGAUCCAAGAGCUUUGUGAUACUCAAGAUGAAGUAGCCCAGACUCUGGCUGGAGUGGGGAUCAAUGGUCUGGAGAUGGACACGGAGGAGCUGGAGAAGGAGCUGGACAGUCUCCUGCAGGACUCGAGUAAGGAUUCCGUGGAUCUGCCUCCCGCUCCCCAGAAGGUGCUGAGUCCCCCCAUCUCUGAUGCCGAGCUGGAAGCUGAACUGGAGAAGCUCUCUGUGUCUGCUGGAGAUUUGGCACAAAAUACUCCCUCUGCUGCUUCUGAACCCAAAACAGCUCUGGGACUGAAUCUCUGAAGAGCCAGCAGAAUCCUGCUGCUGCAGUUUGGGGAAGUUGUCUUAAUGUUCCUUAACUCAUGACCAGAACUUGAGAGGAGAGGGGCGACACCGCCGUGUCCGUCUGGAUCUCUCUUUGCUCAGCAGCAGGAUCUCCUGCCGUGACAAUCCACUCUGGACCUGGCCCCAGCUGGUGUUUGUCAUCUCUGUGCCGACAUCUGCACUGGUCUCAGUCUGACUCGUGGCCCCAAGUCACUGCCACAUCCAGUCUUCCCUCCUGGGAGUGCAAUUCCAGUGGAGAUAAACUCUUCUGUGUCCAUAACAGUGCUCAGUUUUGGGUUUGGUUUUCAUUUCUCUUCCUUUGCUGUGGCUGAUGUUGAGAAUCUGAGUUGCAGCAGCGUUGCAGUGGCUCAACAUUUGGCUGUUCGUGUGGUUGUUUAGAACACUUGGCACUUCGGUUCUGCCCUUGCCAUUCCUGCAGCCAGCUUCAACGCCCCGUGGUCGUCGUGUCCCUCCCUGUCUGCAUCCUGCCCUCACAGCCAGGCACUGCAGCUGGGCAGCUUUGGGAGAUUUUGGUGCUGCUCGGAGAGGGCAGCAGUGGCAAGCACAAGACAAAAGAAUCCCUCUCUCUCUGCAGUGACGUUAAGGCCUUAAAAGGGAGACCUGCAAAAGAUUCCCCUGGAGGAGCUUCAGGCUCUUGUGGCGCUGCCAUCCAGCUUUUUUCUGCUGCCUCUUGAAAUUGGAGCUCUUGGCUAUUUUUGUGUCCUCCCUGUAAGCAAAACUUCUCAGGAGCUGCAGGGCACCAGCUCUGAGCUGCUGAGGAGGGAUUUGGGGUGGGAAGAGAAGGGAUCCCUUGUUUUCCCUUCAGGAGAGCUCAGCCCCACGGAGCAGCCUUGGCUUUGCCUUCAGCCUCGGCGCUGCAAUCCCUCAGGGCUGCGUGCUCCCAGAAAGCCCCAAACGCAGCCCCUGGGCGUGUUUGUCAUGCACAAACCCCUGAGCACCACACCUGCAGCUGCUCCAGGGCUGUCCCUCCCCACACGAGCCCAUCCCUCAUCUUUUGCAGGUCACUCUUUAUCCCUCGCGUGCGCACGGAAGCGCGGGAAGCGCGAUCCCCGAAAAGCCGAGCUGUCAGGAGGGGGAUGUGCCCUUCCCUGGGCUCCCUGAGCGUGGCAGGGCAGUGCCUGGCUGCCUGGGCAUGGAUUAGCAGCCCUCUGCCCCUCUCCCUGACUCGGAAUGUAUCCCAGCGCCACUGGGAAUGUAUUCCCAACACCACACAGAAUGCAUCCCAACACCACACAGAAUGUAUUCCAUUCACUGGGAAUGUAUUCCCGACACUACACGAAAUGUAUCCCAGCACCACUGGGAAUGUAUUCCCAACACUACAUGGAAUGUAUUCCCAACACCACACGGAAUGCAUCCCAGCACCACUCGGAGUAUCCCAGCACCAAUUCCAGGCUGCCUCUCCAAGCUCCAGCGCUCAGUGGCAGCUUGGGGCAAUGGGAACGAGGGCUGGAAUUCCCCUCCUGGGAAUGAUUUCCCACCCAGCUCCACCGCAGGGCCGGCCGUGGGGGUGUCCCCGGGGGCUGUGUCCCCUCUGUCGCCGCUGGCCACUGCGGGCUCCUGCUGGCCCAGGGGGGUGGCCGCAGCUCUCCGGUGCCCAGGCUGUCCGUGGAAUGCUGUACAAUGGCUCGAAGCUCUGUGUUCCUUUCCUUUGGAAGUAAACGGGAGAAAAACCUC